AUGCAGCUGGCCGAGCUGCUCCCGCUGCUGUUCCUGCUCCAUGGCCCGGUCAUUGCUGAUAUUUGCACCCAUUGUCAAUGUGACUUCAGCUCUCAAGUGGUCACUUGCAUCAAACCGUCUUUACUUGUCCGCACGGUCUCCCUAUUCCCAAGCAUCCGACAGCUCCAUCUAACUGGCCUGAAACUUCCUCAGCCGCCUCAUUUCCUGUUCCAUUCCGGUCUGAGUGUUCUGAGAAUGAACAGGUGUGGAGUCCAGGAACUCUCGGCCCACACCUUGCUUCCUCUACCUGGCCUGGAAGUUGUGGAUUUGUCCGCAAAUCAACUGGAAACUCUCCCGCCCACUCUUCUCAGAGGCUUGAAGAAGCUCAGAGUUCUGAUCCUUGCCAAUAAUCGAAUCUCAAACCUGGCUGACAUCGCCUGGAUCCUAGCGGAAGGCGUUGUUUUAGAACAGCUCGAUCUUUCCGGCAAUCGGAUCCAUUCAUCGAACGCCCUGACGAUUCUACCACCAACUCGGCAAUUGUUGAUGUCCGAUGUUGGAAUGAGUAAUAUCGAUGAGAAUGCGAUGAUUUUCGCCGAAAGCGACGCCUGUCCCAGCAGCCGCUCUUGUCGACAACUCCCCUUGAGGAAUCUGAACGUCUCAAUUCUGACCACCCUCGAUUUGGCCGCCAAUCACAACUUGGACAUUGGAAUUGGUCUUUUGGACUUGCUCCGGAACGUCUCGUUUUUCGACCUUUCCUUCGCCAAACUGCCUGACGGGUUCGACAAAUGGCUGGAGGAGCGGAGUCGUGUCCGAAGUCUCAACGUCUCUCAUGCUCAGGUUUUUAUUAUUAUGAUUUUCUCAAAAUUGACUGAGGCUUAAAGCCCCCUGGUGGAAGCCCGGACAGUAUUUCCAAGAUUUUUUUAGUUUUUUUGAUAGAGUCAUAAUAAAUCAAAUAUUCUUUUUGGGAAGGGGAGGGUGGGGGGUGGUAUAACUUGAAUUUAAGGAAAUAAAAAGUGAAAAAUUGUUUUUUUAUCGUUGGAGAGAAAAAAACCAUGAAAAAAACGAGAACAAAUAAAAAAAUUAUCAUUAGAGCGCAGAAUAUCACUUUCUCAAGGCUAUUUUUUCACAAUCUUUGGCCUCAUACCCCAAAAAAAUCAACUAGAUUAUCAUUGGAGCGCAGAAUAUCACUUUUUUUCAAAUUUUUUUGGAACAUCACUUACUUCCAGAAAAAUCAUAAAAAAAUAUGACUCAAAGAAUGAAUUUUUUUGAAAGUGAUGGCUGAAAUGGAAGGGGAAGAAAAAUUUUGAUAGAGAAAUAAUCAGAAAAAAAGUGUUUCAUGGAAUUUUUUUGCUUGUGAGUCAUUUUUUUAGAUUUUGUUUCCCUUUUUUUCCUUUAUUCAUUUCUCUUAAUUUUUUUAUUCUACUUUAUGUUUCUACCCAUUAGGGAUUUUGAAGCCCAGCUUCAAGUUAGAGCAUCAUCUAAAAAAUAAUUCCUAAUUUUGAAAUCAUCUUCUGACAGAAAAACAGAUAAAAUUCUAUUUUUUGCUUUGAAAAAAAUCAAGAAAGCCACUCAAGGUUUAACCCCGACUCUGUAUACUCAUUUUUCAUCUUCUUUCAGUUAUUUUUUCCCCUCUCUUUUUUUUCGUUCGUUUACUGCUGGGUGGAUUUGCGCCUGAUGGAUCAGUCAGGCAGAAAACGGCGAGGUCGCCUUAUUUUUCAUUCCUGUGCAGUCGGGGAGAUGAUUUUUGGAAGUGUAUAGUCGCGUUUUUUGAAAGUCUUAACUGGAAAAUUGAGUAAAAGGCGAUUUUUCGCUCAAAAAAUGAUUCAGAGUGGUUCAAAUUCGCCCUAAAUUAGCUUCUAUUUGUCUUUUUUUGUGAAGAAAAAGAAAAAAUGGAAUUUGACCGGUCAGUAGAAAUAAAUUUGAAGAGAAAGGAAAACUUACGUGAAAAAAAUACGGAAAAAAAUGAAAAAUUUCCAGAGGGGGUUUUUUUUUAAAUAGAAGUAUCUUCACAUGGAAAAAUACUCUUCAAUUUCAGUCAUCGAAUCGAAAAAAAAAUCCUCGCAUUUUAAGGUCUAUUUAGAAUGGCUCUAAGCGUUGCGGUUCGAAAUUUGAAAUUUCUGUGGAAAAAAUUUCCAGGUGCUUUUUAGUUGUUUUUUUCAAUAGAAGUGUCUUCACAUAAAAACUACUUUUCAAUCUUAGGCAUCGCAUCAAAUUUUUCCAAAAAUCCUCGCAUUUUUUUAAUGUCCAUUUAAAAUGGCUCGAAGCGUCGCGGCCGCGUUGCGGUUCGAAAUUUGAAAUUUUUGUGCAAAAAUUUUCCAGGUUUUUUUUUUUUAAUAGAAGUAUCUUUUAACAGGGCUCCAAAUUUUGGAGAAUCUUUUUAAAUCGUAGGUUGAGCCAUUCUACGUGCGGCCAGCGAGUUUUGUUUGAAGGAAAUCAAAGAAAAAGAUUUUUUUUUUAAUCAAGUGUGAAGUGAAAAGAAAUUUCAGUCCCUAUUCAGUCAGAUGUUUUCAGGUGAAGCUGGAGGACCACGAAUGGCGUACCUGUGGCCAGAUGCUCCAUUCGCUGGACAUCUCGGGCAUCGGAGCGCGACGACUUCGCUUGCCCCGGUUCUGUCCCCUGCGGACACUUUUCGCUCGCGACAACCUCCUCGCGAUCAGCGACAUCGCGGCCGUGUCCCUCGAAUCGCUGCACCUCGACCGGAACAUGUUCGACGACCUGCCGACGCCGUCGACCGGAGUCGAACUGUCGAAUUUGCACACGUUGAGCGUCUCCAACAACCUGCUGACGUCAUUGAGGCCGCACGCCCUUCAAGGAUACCCCAACUUGCAGCACUUGGACUUGUCUCACAAUCAGAUCGGAGAGGUUGGUCUUGGAGAUGUUCUUGAGGUUGUUUUGACUUGAAGUUCGUGCUCAUUUUCUGAAAAAUUGCACCAAGGACUUAGGAACACCACUUAGGAGCAACCCUAGGAGCCUUUAAAGGUAUAGGGGUCUAGUUAGUGGCCCCUGUAGGGGACCUUGCUAUGAACUCAAUGUGGAAAGCUUGCCCAUGCGAAAAACUCGAUAAAUCAAAGAACGAAAAUUUAAAAGACCCUAUAGGAACCACUUGAGUUUCAGGGGCUUUUAGGGGUCCGACCCGCAACCCCUAUAUAGAAUCAUUACCGAGAACACGGUUUUGUGCCCUGUAGGGACCACUCUGGCGUUUGUUCUUCGUUUUUUUUUUUUCCCGGGCCACUUAAGUUAUUACUUCGAAGUGUCUAAGAAGUUAAAAGUCAUUUGAAUCAAAAUAAUAUUUUUUGAAAUCGUAAGGUUUGUAAUAAACUGUGAAACUGUCAAAAAUUAGAAGAUUGGACAGGUUUUUGGCUUCUUUUUGGGGUCAUUUUGAAGUUUUUCACGAUCUUUACUUCACUGGAAGGAUUUUUGGAAAAAGCUGAAGCUUUUGCGCUCCAUUGAUGCUUGAUUUUGGAACGACUAGAUGAAUUAAUUUUCCAAAAAUGCCAUCAAGAAGCCCGUUAAAACAUAUCCUGGAAAAUGAAGAUCUUUAGGAAGUUUUUGAAAAUGGUUUAUUAAGAAUCAUCAUGAGACUUUGGACGGUGUUGUAAGCCGUUUUAAAAAAACUUUUCCGUAAAAUUUUCAUUAAAAGCUAAAUUUUUUGGAAGUAGGCCUCGUUUUGAAAAAUUCAGCCAUUCAUUCAGUGCACUUGAGCUGUAUAUUGUUGUUUUCGUGGCUGUUUUGUAAUAUUCCGAGAAAGAUUUUGCAUAUCUUAUAAUCUGAGAAGUUCUCAGAAACUCUGAGAAGUUUUGAGGAUUUUCGAGAGAUUUACACGAUUUUCGUGGAUUCAUAAAGCUGAUGUUGUGCUAGGAAAUAUUUUCGAUCAUUUUUUCAAAUCUUCUGGGAAAGUUCUGAGCUUUCCGGAUUUUUGAUAGCUUUUUCAAUCUUGCUAAAACAUGGGGUCCACCAAAUCCUUGUUUUUGGAGAUUUUCGUGUCAGGGAAAUUUUUCAAAAAUUAUUUUGAGAAUGAAUUUUUCAGUUUAGGGACAAGCCGAGUGGUUUUUUCAGAGAUCCUUUUUUGUCGUGCCGUGUUGUCCAACUGAACAUCACUCAAGUGAUAACUUAAGAUCGACGCCGCCGCCUUCCCGUCGAUCGGAAUGGAGCUGAUCUCCUUGGACCUGAGCUCGAACCAACUUUCGGUCCUUCCUCAUCCAGUCCUACCUUCCCUGCUUCUCCUGGACCUUUCCUCGAACAAUCUGGUCUUCCUGGACCCGGUCUUCUUCACCGGCCUUCCGAUGCUCCAGCAGCUCCGCCUCGCUUCAAACCCUACCCUCUUCUCCAGGUGUGAGGCUACCUGUUGGUCUGACCACCUGGACGAACUCACGAGUCUUGUGGACCUGGACCUGUCCAACUGCGGACUUUCGAACUCCUUGCACCUGACCCACCUGAGCGCCUUGAGAUCUUUGCUCCUCAGAGGCAACCAGAUUCGAACGAUGGACGCCGACUCGCUUCCGAAGACUCUAAGGACCUUGGACCUCGGCGAGAACCGAAUCCAGUUCACCUCCAACUUCACGAAGCUUGGAUCUCUGAGGGACCUUCGAGUGGACUUGAAUCCUCUGAGGUGCGACUGCUCCUUGACCGACGUCGUCCCACAUCUUCUGAACCAGUCCCAGAUCACCGACCCGACUUUUUACUUUUGUUUUGCCGGUUCUUGGCAAUAUCCCCUGUUACCGUACCUCACUACCGUACAGCCUUGUGUAGAUUCUACACGAUCCUUCUUCCCAAUUCUCAUCGCCACUUUUACUUUCUCAAUCACGGUGGUGUGUAUUCUGAUCAUGUUGUUUUUGCUCUUCAAAAAGUAUUCCGAUAGUAUGAGACAUGUGUAUAAGCGAUUGGCCACGGAUUUACCUGUCAGGUUGUGAUUUUUGGGAAAAUUUUUUGGACUCAGAAGAAAGCCCUUGCAAUUGUCCAUGGAGCGAACUUUCGAAGCUUUUUGGAUCUCAUUUUUCGGAAUUUUUAUUCAGUUUUGAAAUGAGUUUGAUACUUAAUUCCAAGCCACGGAUUAACCUGUCAGGUUGUGAUUUUUGGGAAAUUUUUUUGGACUCUGAAGAAAGCCCCUGAAAUUGUCCAUGGAGCGAACUUUCGAAGUUUUUUCAGCCCUAUUUUCUUUAAAAAAUAGUUUUUCGGCCCUAUUUUUCUUAAAUUUUUGAAGGGAUUUUUCAUACUUAAUUCCAAGCCACGGAUGCACCUGUCAGGUAAUUUGACCAAUUUUCAAACUGGGAAAAAAAUGGCCGCGAAAAAUUUGAAAACUUCACCAUGGAGCUAAUUUGAAAAAAUUAUUAUUUUUUUUCAUUGGGUAGGAUUUCUCGAAUGGAUCGCGUCUAUUUUUUUGCAUUUUCUCAAUUUCUAUGAAACUCUACGGGUAGUCUGUAUAAAGUUUUUUGUUCUUCUAGAUUUUUUUCCACUCAUCAAAAAAUUCGCAUUCCUACGCAACGAUCGCUGUUGUUGCUGUGCAGCUUACAUAUAAGAUGGCACGGGCAAAAAAAAAAAAGAAAGCAGAGAAAAAUAUAAGGCUUUCCAUAACGUCGUCCGAAUAUAUGGAAUGGCAUCGCAGAAUGAUGGCUCGUGUGCAAAUGGCCUAUGAAAAGGCGGCUUCCAAGUGA